UAUUAUUUUAAAUGGAAGACAAAUCAAAUCAGAGCCGAAAACCACUAUUUUGAUCACUCCUUUCUUUAUCUCUCCUGUCUGUAUUCUGUAUUAUCCUCUAUUUCUAUCCUGAUAGAGAGAGAAAAGUAGAGUUGAGUUUUGCUUGGGGUGAAGGCAUGGAGAUAAUUUCUCCUUGUAAAUUGAUCUUCUGUAUCUUGAUUGUUGUUGAUGUAUUAGUUGUAAUUCAAGGGCAACAACCAUACGUAAACAACAAGCAGUUGGCUUGUGACGACUCGAGCAAUAACAAUAUAACCAGAGGUUUUGUUUGCAACAGAGUUGGAUCUUCAUGUCAAUCCUAUCUCACUUUCAGAUCAAAUCCUCCCUACAACUCAGCUGUGAGCAUAGCUUAUCUUUUGUCUGCCCAACCAGACUCAAUUGUCUCCAUCAACCAGCUAGCCUCCGCCACCGCCACCAUCCCCACCAAUGACCAGGUGAUAAUUCCAGUCAACUGCUCUUGUUCCGGAAGCACUCAAUCCUCUUACUACCAGCAUAAUGCCACCUACAAGAUUAUAACCACUGGGGAGACUUAUUUCUCUGUGUCCAAUAACACCUACCAAGGACUCACCACUUGCCAAGCAAUGAUGGCUCAAAAUACUUAUGGUGAAAAAAAUAUCACUGAGGGUAAUAAUUUGACAGUUCCAAUUAGAUGUGCAUGUCCAUCAACCAACCAGACAGCUUCAGGUGUCAAGUAUUUGCUCAACUUCUUGAUCACAUGGGGUGAUUCCAUUUCUGCAAUUGCAGAAACUUUCAAAGUGGAUGAGAAAAGCAUCCUUGAUGCAAAUGAGCUGUCAUCAGGUCAAAAUAUAUAUCCAUUUACCACUAUUCUAGUUCCCCUUAAAACUGAACCCACCAAGAUUGAGUCACCCGUGGCCUCUCCUCCUCCGGCCCCUUCUCCACAAACACCAAGCAACCCUCCUGAUGAAUCAUCCAAGAAAUGGGUAUUUGUAGGUGUUGGAAUCGGAGUUGGUUUGCUGCUGCUUAUUGCCCUCUUGGCAUUUCUAUUUUGCUUCUUCCGUCGCAAGUCUAAGAAGCCAAAGUCCAAGCCAGUCUCUGGUUCAGGACCUAAGAUGGUUUCAGAGACUACAGAUUACACAUCUCUCCCUGAAAACAGCAAAUCAUGGUCUACUUCUGUCUCCACGCAAGGGUUUCGAAGCGCUGUUGAGUCCUUGACCAUCUAUAAGUUUCAAGAUUUGGCAACUGCCACUGGGAAUUUCAGCGAAGAAAAUAGAAUCAAGGGCUCCGUUUACAAGGGAUCUUUCAAGGGUGAUGAUGCUGCUGUUAAGAUGAUGAAAGGAGAUGUCUCAAGCGAGAUAAACAUAUUGAAGAAGAUCAACCACAGCAACAUUAUAAGGCUUUCUGGUUUCUGUGUACAUCAGGGCAAUACCUACCUUGUUUACGAGAGUGCAGACAAUGGUUCUCUCGAUGAUUGGCUCCAUUCCAAGUACCAAACUGCUUCUGCUACUCUGGAUUGGAAGAAGCGAGUUCAGAUUGCUUAUGACGUAGCGAAUGCCCUCAACUACCUCCACAAAUAUACCAAUCCCCCUUAUAUCCACAAGAAUUUGAAGAGCAGUAACAUUCUCUUAGAUACCAACUUCAGAGCCAAAAUUGCUAAUUUCGGUUUGGCAAGAAGUGUGGACGACGAAGAACAGGGUGGAAUGCAAUUGACAAGGCAUGUGGUUGGCACUCAUGGCUAUAUGGCUCCAGAGUAUAUAGAAAAUGGAGUGAUCACAUCUAAACUAGAUGUAUUCGCUUUUGGGGUUGUCAUAUUGGAGCUCUUAUCUGGAAGGGAGGCUUUAACAGGAGAUAAAAAUAGAGAUAAAAAUAGCGGAGAAGAAAUGCUUUCUGUAUCCAUAAACAAGGUGCUUGAAGGAGACAACGUGAGAGAGAAACUAAGAGGUUUCAUGGAUCCUUCUUUGAGGAAUGAAUACCCCUUAGAUUUGGCCUUCUCCGUGGCUCAGCUAGCUAAAAACUGUGUGGCUCAUGAUCUAAAUGCUCGUCCAUCCAUGGUUGAAGUUUUCAUCAAUCUGUCCAAGAUUUUAUCAUCACUGUCAGAUUGGGAUCCAUCUGAUGAGCUAGAUCGCUCCAAGUCAGUGGGCAGUGGCAGGUAGAGACUAGAGAGUAUAAAUUCAAUUUUAAUAGUAAGAUUAUAGGAUGCUUCUAUACAAUAAUAGUGCUUCUUGUAAUUGCUGUUGGUGACUACCUCACCAUCACGAGAAGCCUCCUGCAAAUUUUCUGUGUAAUAUAGAAUUCCCAUUUUCCACACGGAUGAAUUGUCAAAUAAAUUUGCUAAAUGUCCCAUUUUCCCAUUUUACCUUGUCAUCUAAAAUUCUC